AAUAAGAGCCAAGGAUUGAGUUUUGUCCGUAUACAUGCACCCUGGCAAGUACUUAGUCGAGAAGCAGAACUCCUUAAGAUAAAAAUGCCCACUAAAAAGAUGUAUGAAAUCACAGAAGAAGGGGGAAUACUCAAAAAACUAAAUGAAAUAUGGUGUAAAUUGACUGAACCCCUGCAACCCCAGGUGCCACAACAAGAAAAUACCAACAUGAAAAGCCUCUCUUAUCCAUUUUCCAGAGAGAAGAUAUAUUUGUAUAACAUCAAAGACAAAGACACUUUUUUUGACAAUGGUACUCGCAGCCGUAUAGUACGUGAAAUUUUGAAACGCACAUCUACAAAGGCCAGAAACAGCAUGGGCAUUAACACACUUAUAGCAAACAAUGUUUAUGAUGCAGCAUACCCACUUCAUGAUGGUGAAUAUGAAGGCCAAAAUGAUGACAUGAAUGACAGAAAGUUGCUGUAUCGAGAAUGGGCAAGAUAUGGAGUAUUUUACAAGUUUCAACCUAUUGACCUCAUAAGAAAAUAUUUUGGAGAAAAGAUAGGACUUUAUUUUGCAUGGCUGGGUUUAUAUACAGAAUUUCUCAUUCCAUCUUCAGUAGUCGGAAUUAUUGUAUUUCUUUAUGGAUGUAUAACCAUUGAAAGUGACAUUCCUAGUAAAGAAAUGUGUGACCAACGCAAUGCCUUCACCAUGUGCCCCCUGUGCGACAAGUUCUGUGAUUACUGGAACCUCAGCUCUGCUUGUGCUACCGCUCGAGCUAGCCACUUAUUUGACAACCCUGCAACAGUUUUCUUCUCCAUCUUUAUGGCUCUCUGGGCUACUAUGUUCCUUGAGCAAUGGAAGCGUUUGCAGAUGAGAUUGAGUUACUUCUGGGAUCUGACUGGACUGGAAGAAGAAGAAGAGCAUUCCAGACCAGAAUAUGAAACCAAACUGCUGCAGAAAAAGCUGAAAAAAGCAGGCAGGCAUUUGGAGGAUGAAAAGGAGAAGCUGACGUGGAGUGACCGCAUGCCUGGAUAUGCAGCAAACUUUGGAUUGAUUUUAUUUAUGAUUAUGCUGACGUUUUCAGCAGUGUUUGGUGUGAUUGUAUACCGAAUCACAACAGCAGCAGCUUUGUCAUUCAGCACAAAUGAGACAACCAGGUCAAAUGUUCGAGUGACUGUGACCGCAACUGCUGUCAUCAUUAACCUCGUUGUGAUACUUAUACUUGAUGAAAUUUAUGGAGCUGUUGCCAAAUGGCUGACAGAAAUCGAGGUACCAAAAACAGAGAAAACCUUCGAAGAGAGACUGAUUUUGAAGGCAUUCCUACUGAAGUUUGUGAACUCUUAUGCACCAAUUUUUUAUGUUGCCUUUUUUAAAGGAAGGUUUGUUGGCCGUCCUGGUCAUUAUGUAUAUGUAUUUGAUGGCUAUCGAAUGGAAGAGUGUGCUCCAGGAGGCUGUUUGAUGGAACUCUGUGUUCAGCUGAGCAUCAUUAUGCUUGGAAAACAACUGAUUCAAAACAAUCUGUUUGAAAUUGGAAUCCCGAAGCUAAAGAAGCUUUUCAGGAAACUGAAGGAUGAAAGAACUGAGCCAAAGGAAAUGGACAGCAGUCAAUCAAAGGAUCCUCAGCAAUGGGAUCUGGACUAUAUCUUGGAACCUUUCACUGGACUGACUCCAGAAUAUAUGGAAAUGA